UCAGCCUACACUGGUGUCAGUGAGUCAGAAUUCUUGCGUAUGUCCCAAUCGCCUUCGCUGCCCAACGCUGAGAGUCCACCAACUAUCCCCGAUUCUGAUCAUAUUCAUGCUUCUGAGAGCCAGACUACACUCUGGGAGCGGAUUCGCUCAGUUGUAGGCUUCUCAACACCGACUACGGAAAAUACAUCAUUGACACCUUCAUCUGUACCCUCCGAUGACUUGGUAAUUUCCUUUUAUUGCGAUAGUUUAUUUCUCUUCUCUUUCACUUAA